AGACAUUUAGUUUGACAUUGUAAAUAAGCAGAGAGCAGUUGUCAGAGAGCAGCCCGUGGAUCCUUUCUUCUCCGUCCAGCAGUGAGAGAGGCAAGAGCAGCCAGAGGACAAAUAAUGCAGAGCACAGCAGACUGUUCACCAUGAAGGGCAAAGGCAGAGAAGAGGAUGUCUGCAGAUGCGUUUGGAGCUGGGGGCAGCGAUGCCCAGCAAACCCUGCAGUCCUUCUGGCCUCGUGUCAUGGAAGAGAUCAGGAACCUGACUGUGAAGGAUUUUCGUGUGCAGGAGUUGCCUUUGGCUCGAAUCAAGAAAAUCAUGAAGCUGGAUGAGGAUGUCAAGAUGAUCAGUGCAGAGGCUCCGGUCCUGUUUGCCAAGGCGGCUCAGAUCUUCAUCACGGAGCUAACUCUCAGAGCCUGGAUCCAUACUGAGGACAACAAGCGACGCACACUACAGAGGAACGAUAUCGCCAUGGCAAUAACAAAGUUUGACCAGUUUGACUUCCUGAUUGACAUUGUGCCCCGGGACGAGCUGAAGCCCCCCAAACGACAGGAGGAGGUGCGCCAGUCGGUAGCUCCAGCGGAGCCGGUACAGUACUACUUCACCCUGGCCCAGCAGCCUGGGGCGGUGCAGGUGCAGGGCCAGCAGCAGGGCCAGCAGGCCAGCGCACAGACAGCCACCACCAUCCAGCCGGGACAGAUCAUAAUUGCACAGCCACAGCAGGGACAGGUGCUGCAAGGUGCCACCAUGCAGCAGUUACAGCAAGUGCAGGUGCAGUCACAGGGCACACCCAUCACGAGCGCUCCAGUGGCCAUGCAGGUGGGUGAGGGCCAGCAGGUUCAGAUCGUCCAGGCGGCAGCAGCCCAGGGUCAGGCUCAGACGGCCCAGGCCCAGGGCCAGACCAUGCAGGUCAUGCAGCAGAUCAUCACCAACACAGGGGAGAUCCAGCAAAUUCCCGUGCAGCUCAACACAGGCCAGCUGCAAUACAUCCGUCUCGCCCAGCCUGUUUCCGGGACACAGGUGGUCCAGGGACAAAUACAGACCCUCGCUAACACCCAACAGAUCACACAGACAGAGGUACAGCAAGGCCAACAGCAAUUCAACCAGUUUACUGAUGGACAGCAGUUGUAUCAGAUUCAGCAGGUGACGAUGCCAGCAGCACAGGAGCUGACCCAGCCGAUGUUCAUUCAGUCCACCAACCAGACGGCUGACGGACAGGUCACACAGGUCAGCACUGACUGAGCCCCACUGGGAACCUUCUGCCACACACACACACCAGCCCAUGUGAUGCCGACAGACCACCCAGCCACCGAAGUCCUCAAAGGACACCUGACAACCUUGAGUCAAAGCACUGUUCAUACAUACAAGGGACUUGAAAUCUUGUAACACUCAUUUUUUGUAAUAAAUUCAGUACAAUGGGUCAGAAACCAAAAGGACACUGAACGACUCCCUCUGAAUCCCACAUCGGCAUCCAUAGUUUUUGUUUUUUUUCCUUAAACUUCAGUCGCCCUUACAGAGAGAAGUAUGCACCCACUGCCACAGUUCAUUCUUCCUCAUGCCAUCUCAUGCCUGCUCUUCCAUACUGAAAACUCAAGAAAUAUUUGCUUCAUUCCUGUUUUGAAAUGCACCAGAGAAGAGGCAGUUUCUCUUCACAUGACCUGCUCCAGUGAAGCGUGGCUUUGGUUGGAGGCAGAUAUAGGGUACUGCUAGGAUUCCCUCUUUACUUUCUGCUGAGAAAAUGAAUCAUGUGCUCUCCUGAGUUUAGGUAGUCGAUUGAUAAGAUAAGAUGAAGCCAUAUACCUCAGACUUUCAUUGUACAGCAAAGGCGUUCUAAUAGGAGAAUGCCAGCAGAGGUUAUAAGGGCAAAGAUAUCGUGAUGUAGUUUCUCUGUUGUGUUUAUAUUUUUCUUCACAUUGAUGACAAGGCAUGAAUCAGUGUCGUGCAGGGUUUCAAAAUGUAUAGGUGAGAUUUCUUUAUGUAGAGCGUGUGCGUGUGUGUGUGUGUGUGUGUGUAUGUGUGUAUGUGUCUGCUUGCAUUCCAGCCCACCUCCUGACAAGCACCCACAUCAGAAUCAUCUCUGCUUUUCCAUGUUUUUCCUUCUGUCAGUCCUUUUGUUCAAUCUCUCGCCCCUCUGUCUUUAGAGUAGGGAAUAGGAAGCCCUCUUCUCUGCCUCUAUGCAGUGUCUCACCAUGCUCUCUACCAGUGUGGUUUUGGAGUCUUGUGCCCUGGUUUGAAGUCUCAUGUACAAACUCAUGACUCCCUCUGAAGUGGAAAAAACA